UUUUGGACUGUGUUGAGAAGGAAGAUAAACCUGAGACUCUACAUGAAAACCAACCUUGUUCUUUAAUGUCUUCCAAGUCUAUGAUUCACCCUAGAGGUUCUGAAUCAUCAUUUAGAAUCUCCUAAAAUGAUUAAUCAUUUUUUCAUCCUUUUGUUUUACCUUUCAAAAUGCAGAUCAGAUAAUACAGAUGUCGUGGCUCAGAAUCACCUAAAGAUUAUUCAAUCUGGAGACAGCGUUAGCUUCACCUGUAUUGUUCCAAAAGAGUCAAGAACCACGAUUGCUUGGAUUAAACAAAAAGCUGGAGAGAAACCCCUUUUGAUUGCUUCAUCAUAUCAAGCUUUAGCUGUCAAAUUUGAAAAUGACUUUGACAAACAUAAUCGCUUUUUUGUAACAAAAGAUGAUAGCAGUUUUAAUCUGAGCAUCACAAAUGCAGCAGAAUCAGACACUGCAACAUACUAUUGCAUUAAAUUUAUAUACAAGUUUUCAUUUGGGGAAGCCACUGAUCUUAUUGUUAAAGACAGUCAGCAGAACAUGCAGUUUGACCCUGACAGAGCUGUGAUAGAUCCAGAGGAUCCAGAAGACUCUGCAGUGGCCUUGCAGUGCACCAUCCUCACUCAGAGCUGUGCAGGAGAACACAACGUCUACUGGUUCAGACGUGAAUCUGGAGAAUCUCCUCCAGGAAUUAUAUUCACUCAGGAGCGCAGGAACACUCAAUGUGAGAGGAGCUCUGAUGUGAACUCUACUGCACACAAAUGUAUCUACAACCUGCCCAAGAGGAACCUUCAUCACUCUGAUGAUGGGAUUUACUCCUGCGCUGUGGCCGCAUGUGGAGAGAUACUGUUUGGAGAUGCAAGAAAACCUGACAUGCCAGGUUUUCAGACACCUUGGAAUAUAAUUGCCCUGGUUUUAGGAACUUUAAACUGUUUAUCAGUGUUUGUGAUCAUAUUUCUGGGCACACAGUUGUACAUGCAGCGACAAAAAGAUGGGACUCAGAACAUUCAGACUGGUCACUUAACGGAUGAAGACAGAGAUGAUUUGAAUUAUGCUGCUUUGAGCUUUCAACAAAGGGCCAGCACCCCUAGAAGACCCAGAGAAAAACAUACACAAUAAUUCAAUACAUGCACAUGAGAAAUC